AUGUUCGCCAAGUACUUUGCAAUUUUAACUACUUUGACAGUACUGAUUUCUGCUUCACCAACCGAUAGUAGCAAAGAUGGAGCUGGUCCAUCAAACCAUUUAGUUUCAGUCAACGUCAGAUUCUCACCAUACUCUAAAUUCAUUAAUCAGAUGAAUCCUAACGAUACCUUUUUCGGUGAUGGAAAUACCUCUAUUAAGAGUUUCCAUUUCACCUCCGAUGUUAAUGCACCUCUUGGAGAAUGGGAUUCGUAUUGGUUUAAUUGGGUACUUUAUGACAAAAAAGCCAAUCUCGAGAAAUUACAAGAUACUGAUAUUCUCUAA